AUGACCUUCCUCCCUUUCCUAUCUACUUUGCCCUUUUCCUAUCUUCCAACCCUCCUGCCCCUCCUGAUACCUCCACCGAUCCUCCCACUUUCUUUUCCUUCUUCCCAUAAUCAUGUGGAUCUAUCUAUUAAUAUAUCUCGCUCCUAUUCUUUCUUUCUUUUCUUUUUCUUUUCUUUUCUUUCUUUCUUUCUUUCUAUAUAUAUCUGUUUUCCUUCUUCUUCUUCUUCUUCUUCUUCUUCUUCUUCUUCGCCUUCUUAUUUUUCUUCUUCUUAUUUUUCUUCUUAUUAUUUAAUAGUAGUUUCUCCGUUCUUCCUUUUUAUUUUAUCCAUUAUUAUUGUCUUUUUUGCUUUUCCUCCUAUUCACUCUAUUAAUUUCUUUGUUCCUUAUCAUCAUUUUCUUUUUCUACUUCUUUUUCUUUUCUUUAUUCUAUUCAUUAUUAUUAUUAGUAGUAGUAGUAGUAGUAGUUUCUUCCUUAUCAUCGUUUUCUUCUUCCUUUUUAUUUUAUCCAUUAUUGUUAUUAUUAGUUACUUUCUUCCUGAUCAUCAUCAUCAUCUUUUUACUUCUUUCUUUCUUUCUUUCUUUCUUUCUUUCUUUCUUCUUGUUCUUCUUUAUUUUAUAAAUUAUUAUUAUUAA